AUGCGUAACGCCUUAAUAAAGGUAAAAUCUAAUGCUUUAGAUUCUUUAGGGUCGCCGCUAUCCUCUAAAGAUAAGUUGUUAAAUAAGGAGGGCCUAGCUAUUACACAAGGGGGCACGGAAGACGAGCUGUUACGUUCUAGUUCGGAGGAGUCUGGCCAAGAAGUGGCUACCGCGGAGGAGCUACCGCUCCUAAAGACGGUAACCACCACUCCUCGUAUAAGUACUCUUACACGUCUACUAUUUCCCAAGUCCACCAUUCCUAAUUCUCAAGACGACAUACCCGGCAAGCUUGACACCGACGGCUCUAUCGCUUACCCCAGUCCACGUAAGGGCCAUCCCACUUACGCUGGAAAGGGCAUUCCGCCUUACGCUGGACAGGGCAUUCCGACCUACGCAAGAAAGGGUCUUAUAACGUACGCUGGAAAGGGCCUCAUGUCUAGCGGCACCCUGCCAAAUGAAAGCGAUAAGGAGGGCAACACCUUUGAUUUUAUACGCGUACUUAUUCCGCGUAACGGGAAGGUAAACCCUAGCACUCCUGAAAUAAGCAAGAAUCCUAAACGUUACGGGUAUUACUAAAGAAAGAUAUUAACAAUAAAGGGG